AUGUUGAUCGCAUUCUGCAGUUGCAGAAAUUUGUGCUCAAGGAUUUUCUUUCAAAACAUCGAUGAAGAAACUAUGCCCUACAAAAUCACUGAAGGUGUAUACACCAAGGAGAAUUACAACCACAACAACUUCCCGGUGUAUAGGCGAGAAAAUGGCAAUCUGCUGUUUUACUUUCAUAUUUCCAAGACAGGCCAGAAAUAUCUGUCUUUUGGACUUAAUCUAAAAGACUACUUUGGCGUUGCCGCUGCUGUUUUUAGCCCUGUUGAUCCUCUGUAUUGGCUGACUUCCGGGAGUUUAAAUAGAAGUGAUGUCUUUGGAGGAUUGAUAUACAAGUGGCUGUUCUACAACACGCGUGACAAAACCAAUUACUAUGUUACAGUUAGUAGUUCGUCACCUAUGAUUAAAGCUGUAUGCGUGGAUGAAGAUUUCAGAGAAUGUAACUCGGACAGACUCUACCUGAAUGACAAUUUCACCGAUGGAAAGGGGAAUGUUGUGAACGAUCUCACUCGAGAUUAUUUCUUUCGCAAGCAAGAUGUCUUCCAGAACCUUCGCCCUGUUUAUGAGCAUAGUAGACAAAAGUGGUACCUUGAAUACAUAGACGGCCUCUGGAUGAUAACAGAGUAUUUCCCGGGGCAAUCAACAGUUUUUAACAUUUUAUUGAAGACUAAAGAUUUCGCCCUACGACCAGAGUACAUCAGUAAGACUUGGUCGGUCCGUUUCAAUGGAUGGCGCGAUAUGCCUAAUGUCAGACUCUUAUGUAGAGGGGUGAGAUCGAUGUCGAAUACAUGUCCAUCGAAGCCAUGUAAUAGCAAAGCUUCAUGCAUCUACUCUUCCGGUAACGAAACACUUUGUCUCUGUCCUUCCGGUUACACCGGCGUUACAUGCUCUACCAACAAAGAGUGCCCCACUCCCUACCCCUUAGCAGGAACAGAACUCAAUUUUGCAUACUUUGGAAAAAGGCCUGGCGAUAUCGGUUUUACCUUCUGUAGUGGAUCGUAUCCUUCUGUAAGGUUUUCCCUUUGUAGGGACAGCAAAUACAGUAAUCCUUACUGGUUUAGACUGGAGGGCGACUGCCAUAGAGUGAAUACUGGAAGUACUUCUCCCCCCUGGUCAUCUUGGAACCCAGGAAAAGCCCUAAGUCCCUGGAAUCCUACCACGGCUCGAGCUCGCCAUAACUUUGAUAACAAUCCUAUAAUCGUCUCCAUGGUUCUUACUUCCGUCGCACUCCUGGAAUUGCUCCUGCCAUUUAUCAUCUACUGUUGCGCUAUGUGCAAGAAAAAACGUAAGAAAAGAAGAGCAGAACAAGAAGAUCAGAGGAGGUUACAGGAAGUUGGCGGGGAAUUAGAAAGGAGACUGGAGCAAGUUGCUAGGGCCGGAAGCCAAGAGGAACUCGACCGUGAUGUUCAGGAUUACCAACGUACCGUACAGGAAUACCAACGUGAGAACCAAGACAAAGAACUGAGCCGCAAACGAGGCUUCCACAAAAAUGCGGGUUUAUGGCGAAUCAUUUCCAUGCACUUGUUUUUUUCCUUUUACUUAUGGAUCGUAUAUCUGGUGGGUUGUGAAAUCUCCCAGUGUACUCAGUACGGGCGUAUUUGCGUCUACUUAAAAACUUUUGGAAUUGUGAUGCUGUGCAUCUCGUCUGUUUACACUUUUAUAGAAAGCAUCUUCUCUCACGAGCUGGAUUACUUAAGAAACAUCAUGCAGGACGAGACCGCAUGGGGUUACAUACAAAAAAUGCAUCAAGUCGCACCAAGGAUUGGCAUGGUAGUGGAGUGCUAUCAUUUCGAGACGCGCACGCGUGCCGUGUACUACACGAACGCAUAUAGCAACACGCAGUCCCGCACAGAAACUUAUACCGUGAGGGUUGUGACAUUCGUAGACGACGAUGAAUUCUCGUUCGGCUCGUGGGUUGAUGUUUCCGAAAGAGAAAUGCCAGCACUGAGUACAGUGUCUCUUACUCGAGUAAGAAUUGAUCCGUAUGUUUUGUUCGGUGAUCAGGAGACAGCAGAUGAUUACGAGAGACAAGCAGCAGCCAUGAUGGAAAGGAAUCGUCACCGAGAUGCCUUUACGGAUUUCUCAGCGAGUAGAGAAAUUCCUGGGCUAAAGAAGAGAUUCUCUGCUUAUGUGGAUUUGAGGGUAAAGCCAUGGUGGAUUCGACCUCUGUUCUUUUGGCUGGCCACGCUGUUGCAGAUGAGUUGGCCUUAUCGCUGGCUGUUCCGAGCCAAGACAAGUAAAAGUUACUAUGCCUUAAAGAAGAAGCUGUACAAGAGUACCACGCCCCCAAGAGAAGUAGACAUUAUGGAUCCAAUAGCAAUGCUGACGAGUGGGGCAGCUUCCAAUGACUCCAGCCUCCCGAACCAAAUGUCUUAUCAGAUGACAGAGAUCGUCAAUCCAGGCAUUGGUAACCCCGCCUUCCAACGCGGCUGCGCACCUUAUCCACCAGGUAAUCCAACUUUGGGACCUGAAUAUUCGCCUGUUCCCCAACCAAGUGAACCCCCUGCAACAUACGACACAGACACCCCACACCCUCCGCCUCCUGUGUAUACUCCUUAUCCCACCGGUGGAGCUACGUAUCCUACCCAGCCACCCGGACCUGUCUACCCUUCUUAUUCUGUGGCUCCGCAGCCAGACGAACCCCCGCCGUCUUACGAUGCUGCUGUAGGAUUCACUCCUGAGAUGCCCCAAGCAAGUGACCAGGAAAUCGCCCCUGAAACUUGAGGCUGCCGAGAAAAUAUUAGAGAAAAACAACUUAGUGUUACCCAGAAGCUUUAAAGAGUUUGUUCUUUUCCCUUAUGUAAUUGAACGAAAUGGAAAUGGAACAGAUAAGCAGUUUGAUUAAGAAAUAAGCAAGGAGCAGCGAUGUAAACAACCUCGUUCCCAGGGUUCUCUCUCUUUCAAGAACUCUGAGAACGAGGUUAUGGUGUGAGAAUUCCGCCAUUGUUUUUUAAAAGAGCUAAAUUUGUUUUUUCACCUAAGGUCUUUUUAAUCAUUUUAGGCAUUUUAAGUACGAAAAAAACCAAAACGUGUCGAAACGAAAAGUCACUAAACAUCAGGUUUUGCUUUGGGCCUACAAUAAAAACUUUUAAGCAUGUAAUGAACCUUUGAUAAAAAGAAAACAAAGUUCUGUUUUCAAAAGAAAGGGGCGCCAAUUCCCGGGAUUGUUUGAAGGGGUAGCAGUUUAAAAAUUAGCAUUUAUUCGAUGACAUUAUUGUGUUGUGUGUUUUUAGUGAUCCCUAAAUGUCAGUAGAGGACAACAAUACUUAACAACUUGUUUCUGUUAAAUAACUAAACGGAAUGUCUUUCCUCUAGUCACCUGGCAUAAAAUUUUUUUCAGGUUAGGUUAUUUUGGUGGAAAGGAUAUAGAAACAGGUCGCCUUUGGCGCAAACAAAAACCCUGAACUGAGAGAUCGAAAAUUAUAUACAAUAUUAUAAGGUUUUCCAUUAUCUUCUUUCAAAUUAAGUAACUGGAAAUUUUCUGUAAUAUCGUACCCGGACCGAUCUCGUACCCAGAAAUCAAGGAAUAUCAUUGAUUUUUAGUGUGUUACGUAUUUCAAUAUUAAUUUUAAAAGUUAACUAUAUCACGUAUUUUUAAAUGAAUAAAAAAUAAACUGAAAGGUGAUUCCUUUCAAAACAUGAUUUAAUUUUAAAUUAUAUAUUUUUUUGAUUUCAAUAAAAAUUGUCCACAGAACACUCCCACCUCUCCAGCACUGAGAAGGGCUCCUUAUUUCCGUCCACAUCAGUGACGGAUCCAGAGGAGGGGCCCGGGGGGCUCGGCCCCUUAGUUAUUUUUUGACCAAACUGAAGCCCGAAGGGCCGCAAAAACUUUUGGGGGACCCCUGCCUUAUCGCGAGGUCUGGAUCCGACACUGCACAUGCACAUGCACGAUGACCGCUGUACAGUGAAUUGUCUGUGACCAGGAGUCCAUGCUGUGACUCUGUAAAACAUACAGAUGGUUUUGCUGGCUUAUAAAAAUAUUCACCAAUGUUCAGAAUAAAAAAUAAGGGAAGUUUCCCUUUAUAUUCCUUAUUGUCAGUACAAAUCGAUAUCAGAAUCUAACUAAAACGUCGAAUAAAACGGCUUCUAAAUGGCUUUAGAAGCGAAAAGACAGUGAAAAAUAGAACACCACACAAGGAGAGUUAUUUUAUUCCUAUUUUUGUCCAAAAUGGAAUUUAGGACGUAUUUUAUUUAUUUUCAUACAUUCUCUUAUACAAAGCCCAGCAAACUCCCAUAGAGUCUGGGCGGCCUGUGGGUACAAAGGCUAGUCACGAGAGAACUGAAGAGAACAUAGGAAAGAGGAUUUCAUUUUACAUGUCAUUGCCAUCGAAAGACGUGAACCGAAGAACGAGAUUCGUUUCCUUUUUCUAAACUGAGAUAAAAUCAUUAAGAAUUGACUAAUCAAUUAACCGUAAUUCGCCAACAUUUGACUGUUUGAACCAUAUGUGGGCUGAGUUUGUUGUUGGUUCUCUUCCUUGCACCGAGAGGUUUUUAUCCGAGUACUCCGGUUUUCCCCUGUAAAAACCAACCCUUCCAAAUUCCAAUUCGAUCUGGAACGCACGCACACAUUUCAACGAGUUUUUAAGAACUCCUAAGAGCUCCAUAGCCGAACAAAUUACAAAUCCACAAUUUUACAAAAUUUAAAACCAGAUGAAAUACACAGUGAUGAAAUUUGAACAACACGAAUUGACUUUUUAUUUAAGAGAUGUUUUCACUUUCUUUAACUGAACCAAGUUCGUGAUUCCUAAAGGAAGCUUGAGGCAAGGCACGUGAGAAGCAGAGGAAAAAAUUGUCAGUUGCAUCUUGUCCGAGAAACGACGGAUUGUUUUGCGGUUGGAAAAGAAGACCAUGAAAGGAUUGCAUUUAUUUGGUAAUACAAGAUGAUUUAAUAUGGUAAACUAAAUCUAUCUAACGUUUCGAUACAUGCAGUGCUCGGUAGGCAACACUAGAAUACAUUAAGGUGGACAAAAUCCUACGGUGCCUGCACCGUUCAAAUGAGACCUCUUUGGCAGACCUUAGGCAUAGUACUAUUUACCUUUAAGAAUUUAUCAAAAAAGAUAUUUGGAAUUUUUUAGCAUUUACAGUGCACCAAUCAGCCAGGUGAAAGAGCCGGUUAACACCGUUGUUUAAUUUAUAGAGGAAGAGAGCACAAGACAAAUGUUAACGCUCUUAACGAGAAACUCUUAAAUUCAAUACACGUGUACCAGGUAAAAACUGCUUCCAUAUAUUUUUUCACUCACAAAAUUAAAAACGUGUGAUAGGUAUCGUACAUCACAAAAUAUCCUUUGUGUUUAGCCACUUCCGCUUCAAUAAAUGCCAGGUGGUUUAGCUAAACUCAUUCAAAUCCUAAUAUACACUGACUGUCACACCGGAUAAAACAGUAUGUGUCAGUCAAUUUCUUCUUGUUGCGACAUACUGUAGUCCUAAUAUAGGACUACAGAAAUAUUUUCGCAUUCAUUUACUUCAGUCUGCACCCUGAGUAGAUUAUCGUAAGAGAUCAUGAUGCAGAUGAUUGCACGACUACUUCUUUUACUGUGGAUUUUGUGCAGCGUGUUGGUCGCAUUCUCCAAUUGCAGAACUUUGUGCUCAAGGAUUUUCUUUCAAAACAUCAAUGAAGAAACCAUGCCGUACAAAAUCAUUGAACGUGUAUACAUCAAGGAGAAUUACAGUCACAACAACUUCCCUGUGUAUCGGCGAGAAAAUGGCGAUCUACUGUUUUACUAUAGUAAUACAUCCAUGGAUGUCCAAAAACGUUUGAUUUUUGGACUUAAUCUAAGCGACUACUUUGGCGUCGCUGCUGAUGUUUAUAGCACUGUUGAUCCUGUGUCGUGGCUGACUUCAAGGAGUUUGGAUAGAAGUGAUGUCUUUGGAGGAUUAAUAAGCUUUUGGCAGUUUUGGAACAUGCGCGAUAAAAGGAAUGGCUAUGUCACAGUUAGUAGUUCGUCACCUAUGAUUAAAGCUGUAUGCGUGGAUGAAGAUUUCAGAGAAUGUAACUCGGACAGACUUUACUUGAAUGACAAUUUUACUGAUGGAAGAGGAAAUGUUGUGAACGAUCUCACUCGAGAUUAUUUUCUUCGCAAGCAAGGUGUCUUCCGCAACCUUCGUCCUUUGUAUGAGCAUAGUAGGCAAGAGUGGUACCUUCAAUACACCACAGACGGCUUCUGGGUGGUAACAGAAAAGUACUCACCAAGCAAUUCAAAUGAUAAAGUUUUAACGAAGACUAAAGAUUUUGCCCUGCGACCGGAGUACAUCAGCAAGACUUGGUCGGUCCAUUACAAUGGAUGGCGCGAUAUGCCUAAACUAAGAGUCUUGUGUAGAGGAGUAAAUUCCAUGUCGAAUACUUGUCUAUCAAAGCCAUGUAAUAGCAAAGCCACAUGCAUCUACACUUCCGGUAACGAAACACUUUGUCUCUGUCCUUCCGGUUACACUGGCGUGACAUGCUCUACCAACAAACAGUGCCUCACUCCCUACCCCUUAUCUGGCAGAGAACUGAACUUUGCAUAUCCAGGAAAAAGGCCUGGCGAUCUCGGUGUAUCUUUCUGCAGGGGACCGUAUCCUUCUGUAAGGUUUUCCCUCUGUGUGGAUAUGAAAUACAGCGCUAGUCCUUACUGGAGUAAACAAGGGAAAGCCUGCCGUAGAGGGAAAACUGGCAGCGAUUCUUUUCACUGGAAACCUUGGUAUGCACCAACCCUGGAGGUCUGGACACCUUGGAAUAGACAAACGAGCGAGAGGUCCUGGAGACCUUGGUAUGCAUCUACCCCCGAGGUCUGGACACCUUGGUAUAGAGAAACCACCGAGAGGUCCUGGCCUCCUUGGCAUCCACGAACUCGAGCUCGAAGUGUUAACUUUGAUGACAACAGUACUGGUGCAAUCGUGCCCGUGGUUCUUACUUCCGCCGCACUUCUAGAAUUGUUCCUGCCACUUAUUAUGUACUGCUGCGCUGUCUGCAAGAAAAAAGUAAGGAAAGAAGAGAAGAACAAGAAGAUCGUAGGACGUUAAUAGAGGUUAGCGGAGAAUUAGAAAGGAGACUGGAACAAAUUGCUAGGGCCGGAAGCCAAGGGGAACUCGACCGUGGUGUUCAGGAUUACCAACAAACCGUCCAGGAAUAUCAAUGUGAGAACGAAGGCAAAGAACUGAGCCGCAAACGAGGCUUGUACAGGAAUGCAAGUUUAUGGCGAAUCAUUUCCAUGCACUUGUUUUUUUCCUUUUACCUAUGGAUCGUGUAUCUGGUAGGUUGUGAAAUUUCCCUAUGUACUCAAUACGGACGUAUUUUCGUCUACUUAAAAAUCUUUGGAUUUGUUAUGCUGUGCAUCUCGUCUGUGUACAUUUUCAUAGAAAGCAUAUUCUCCCACGAGCUGGAUUACUUAAGAAACAUCAUGCAGGACGAGACCGCUUGGGGCUACAAACAAAAUAUGCAGCAAGUGGCACCCAGAAUUUUCAUGUUCGUGGAGUGCUAUCAUUUUGAAACGCGCACCCGUGUCGUGCACUACACAGACGCGAAUGGAAACACGCAGUCCCGCACAGAAACUUAUACCGUAAGGGUUGUGACAUUCGUAGACCACGAUGAAUUCUCGUUCGGCUCGUGGGUUGAUGUUUCCAAAAGAGAAAUGCCAGCACUGAGUACAGUGUCUCUUACUCGAGUAAGAAUCGAUCCGCAGGUCCAGUUCGGUGACCAGGAGACAGCGGAUGAUUACGAGAGACAAGCAGCAGUCAUGAUAGAAAGGAAUCGUCACCGAGAUGCCUUUACGGAUUUUUCAUCGAGUCGGGAAAUUCCUGGGCUAAAGAAGAGGUUUUCUGCUUAUGUGGAUUUGAGGGUGAAGCCUUGGUGGAUUCGACCACUGUUCUUUUGGCUGGCCACGCUGUUGCAGAUGAGUUGGCCUUAUCGCUGGCUGUUCAGAGCCAGGACCAGUAAAUGUUACUAUGCUCUAAAGAAGAAAUUGUACAAGAGUACCACACCCCCACGAGAAGUAGACACUAUGGAUCCAAUUGCAAUGCUGGCGGGUGGUGCAUGGUCCAGUGACUCCAGCGUCCCGAACCAUAUGUCUAAUUGCAUGACGGAGAUCGUCAAUCCAGGCAUAGGUAUCCCCGCCUUCCAAAACGGCUGCGCACCUUAUCCACCUGGCAAUUCAACUUUGGGACCUGGCUUCUCGGUCGCACCCCGACCAGCAUCCUCUGCAACAUACGACGCAGGUACUCCACACCCAUCGCCAAAUGCACCGAAUGUUCUCGGACCUCCUGUGCAUAGUUCCUAUCCCACCGGUAAAACUGCGCAUCCUACCCAGUCAUCCGGACCUGUCUACCCUCCUUAUUCUGUGGUACCGCAGCCAGACGAACCCCCGCCAUCAUACGAUUUUUCGUAUAAUAGGAUACACUCCUGACAUUCCCCAAGCAAGUAACGAGAAAAACUCCCCUGCACCUUGAUGGCUCAAAAAAAGGCUGUCGAGAAAAUAUAAGAGAAAAACAACAUAUCCAUAGUGUUACCCGGAAGCUUCCAAUAGUUUCUUUCUUCAUUUAUGUAGUACAACGAAAUGGAAAUGAAAAAGAUAAGUAGUUUGAUACGCUAAGAAAGGAGCAGCGAUGGAAAUCUGUUCACACAAAACACUGAUUGUUUUCAUCGAAACGCAUCCAUUUGAAAUCGCUCUUGGAAGUGGACGCUCGAAAACGGAGUGAAAACGAAUCAAAAUGAAACGAUGUCGUCAUUCAGAGGACAAAGGGAUAUCCUGACUAUUCUUUGCGUUAAAACCCGAUUUUGUCCCUUCAAUAUUAAAUAGCGCAAAAUGUCGUCAAGGCAUACAAGUUUGGACGGAAGAAGUGUUAAAUGAUUGGCCAUAAACGUCCUACAUUUGUGGUACCAACAAUAUAUACAUUUUUUUAAAAAAAUCAUAUUCCAUAAUCGAAGUAGCCUAAGAAAACAGCCGACAUCUCGCUGGGAAACCAGUAGUGGCGUCGCCAAAUGUUAACCUUCGAACGCAGACGUAUAGCGACGACCGGAAAUACGUCUGCUUUCGCAGGCUACGAAAUGCCAUCUGUUUCCUCGUUUGCUAGGCUAUGAUUAGCCUGCUUAAUAGGGGCGAAAUGCCCCGUUCGCCUCGCUUGGCUCUUAAGCGCCUGUUAUGCAGCUUAGUAUGAUCACAGUUUAAAUAAUUGCCUAACUGAUUGUAUGCGAAACAAAAUGAACCAGAGUCAUUAAAUGAGGUCUCUUGUUUUAAACACGGUAGCCAAAUGAACAAUUCUUGCAUGUAUUUUACAGGGAUUUUAGGCCUCAGGGACACACCUCUACCCACCUUUCCCUGAGUCUCCCCCCCCCUCCGCCUCCCCAUUAACCCCAUGUAAGAUGAAGUUUUUUUCCGAGAAACGGCGUGGAGAAAUUAAUGUUUCAUAAUUUCAUGCUUUGUUCAAUAUAUCUAGGUUAAGCUAUUAAAGACCGUUUACCAGUUCUUAACGAGAUAGAAAUUCAGAUGGCUAGAACAGCAGUAACAAUUAACGUUACAAACUGUGGGGUCAUCUGUUUCGUCUCGGCUUCUGUUACAAACAAGGAAAUAGAGGAGACGUCUACAAGCAGGCUAGGUCCUCACUCGUUGCAAAUUGAUACCCUACAUAUCAGUAACUUCCGCUAAAAAAUGGUUCAGUCGAUUACUGCUUUCGAUACUGCAUAUUGCGACAUUUGAAAGCCGUUUCAGAGAAAAUUAUCAUUCAGAGCCUUCUUCGGAGAUGGCACGGCUACUCCUUGCACUUUGGAUUUUGUGUACCAUGUUGAUUGCAUUCUGCAGGUGCAGAAAUUUGUGCUCAAGGAUUUUCUUUCAAAACAUCAAUGAGGGAACCAUGCCCUACAAAAUCAUUGAAGGUGUAUACACCAAGGAGAAUUACAACCACAACAACUUUCCAGUGUAUAGGCAAGAAAACCGCAAUCUACUGUUUUACUUUCAUAUUUCCAAGAAAGGCCAGAAAUAUUUGUCAUUUGGACUUAAUCUAAAAGACUACUUUGGCGUUGCCGCUGCUGUUUUUAACGCUGUUGAUCCUGUGUCUUGGCUGAGCUCCGGGAGUUUAAAUAGAAGUGAUGUCUUUGGAGGAUUGGUAUACAAGUGGAUGUUCUACCACGCGCGUCACAAAACCAGUUACUAUGUUACAGUUAGUAGUUCGUCACCUAUGAUUAAAGCUGUAUGCGUGGAAGAAGAUUUCAGAGAAUGUAACUCGGACAGACUUUACCUGAAUGACAAUUUUACCGAUGGAAAGGGGAAUGUUGUAAACGAUCUCACUCGAGAUUAUUUCUUUCGCAAGCAAGAUGUCUUCCAGCACCUUCGCCCUGUUUAUCAGCAUAGUAGACAACAGUGGUACCUUGAAUACAUAAACGGCCUCUGGAUGAUAACAGAGUAUUUCCCGAGGCAAUCAGCAAGGUUUAAAAUUUUAAUGAAGACUAAAGAUUUCGCCCUACGACCAGAGUACAUCAGUAAGACUUGGUCGGUCCAUUUCAAUAGAUGGCACGAUAUCCCUAAUGUUAGACUCUUAUGUAGAGGGGUGAGAUCGAUGUCGAAUACAUGUCCAUCGAAGCCAUGUAAUAGCAAAGCUUCAUGCAUCUACACUUCCGGUAACGAAACACUUUGUCUCUGUCCUUCCGGUUACACCGGUGUGACAUGCUCUACCAACAAACGGUGCCCCACUCCUUAUCCCUCAGCAGGAACAGAACUGAAUUUUGCAUACUUUGGAAAAAGACCUGGUGAUAUCGGUUUUUCCUUCUGUGGUGGAUUGUAUCCUUCUGUAAGGUUUUCCCUUUGUAGGGACAGCAACUAUAGUAAUCCUUACUGGUUUAAAGUUGGGGGCGACUGCCAUAGAGUGAAUACUGGACGUACUUCUCCCCCCUGGUCAUCUUGGAACCCAGGAAAAACCCAAGGUCCCUGGAAACCUCCCACGGUUCGAGCUCGCCAUAACUUUGAUAACAAUCCUAUAAUCGUCUCCGUGGUACUUACUUCCGUCGCGCUUCUGGAAUUGCUCGUGCCAUUUAUCAUCUACUGCUGCGCUGUGUGCAAGAAAAAAGGUAAAGAAGACAGAGAAGAACAAGAAGAUCAGAGAAGGUUACAGGAAGUUGGCGGGGAAUUAGAAAGGAGACUGGAGCAAGUUGCUAGGGCCGGAAGCCAAGAGGAACUCGACCGUGAUGUUCAAGAUUACCAACGAACCGUACAGGAAUACCAACGCGAGAACCAAGACAAAGAACUGAACCGCAAACGAGGCUUCCACAAAAAUGCGGGUUUAUGGAGAAUCAUUUCCAUGCACUUGUUUUUUUCCUUUUACUUAUGGAUCGUAUAUCUGGUGGGCUGUGGAAUUUUUCAAUGUACUCAAAACGGACGUAUUUUCGUCUACGUAAAAACCUUUGCAAUUGCAAUGCUGUGCAUCUCGUCUGUGUACGUUUUCAUUGAAAGCAUAUUCUCCCACGAGUUGGAUUACUUAAAAAACAUAAUGCAGGACGAGACCGCCUGGGGUUACAUACAAAAAAUGCAUCAAGUCGCACCAAGGAUUGGCAUGGUCGUGGAGUGCUAUCAUUUCGAGACGCGCACGCGUGUCGUGUAUUACACGGACGCAAAUGGCAACAGGCAGUCCCGCACAGAAACUUAUACCGAGAGGGUUGUGACAUUCGUAGACCACGAUGAAUUCUUGUUCGGCUCGUGGGUUGAUGUUUCCACAAGAGAAAUGCCAGCACUAAGUACAGUGUCUCUUACUCGAGUAAGAAUUGAUCCGUAUGUCCUGUUUGGUGAUCAGGAGACAGCGGAUGAUUACGAGAGACAAGCAGCAGCCAUGAUAGAAAGGAAUCGUCACCGAGAUGCUUUUACGGAUUUCUCAGCAAGUAGAGAAAUUCCUGGGCUGAAGAAGAGGAUCUCUGCUUAUGUGGAUUUGAGGGUGAAGCCUUGGUGGAUUCGACCUCUGUUCUUUUGGCUGGCCACACUGUUGCAGAUGACUUGGCCUUAUCGCUGGCUGUUUAGAGCCAAGACAAGUAAAAGUUACUAUGCCUUAAAGAAGAAGCUGUACAAGAGUACCACGCCCCCAAGAGAAGUAGACAUUAUGGAUCAAAUAACAAUGCUGACGAGUGGGGCAGCUUUCAAUGACUCAGCCCUCCCGAACCAAAUGUCUAAUCAGAUGACAGAGAUCGUCAAUCCAGGCAUAGCUAACCCCGCCCUCCAACCCGGCUGCGCGCCUUAUCCACCAGGUAAUCCAACUUUGGGACCUACUUACUCGGCCGCUCCCCAACAAAGUGCACCAUCUGCAACAUACGACACAGACACCCCACGCCCUCCGCCUCCUGUGUAUACUCCUUAUCCCACCGGUGGAGCUGCGUAUCCUACCCAACCACCCGGACCUAUCAACCCUCCUUAUUCUGUGGUUCCGCAGACAGAUGAGCCCCCGCCAUCUUACGAUGCUGCUGUAGGAUUCACUCCU